AGGCAUCGAUAAGCCUUUAGUCCAGUUUUGGUAACAGGUGCAGAACGACGGUUUUUUUUCAUCGGCGUUGUUCCAUUUAGUAUUUGCCUAACUGUUGCCCUUCAGGUGGCAGGUUGUGAUUCAUAGUUUAAAUUUAUUACGAGAGCGUUUAAGUGUUUCGAAUAGACAUUUUACAAAACUAGUGUUAAGUUUGAUACGAAAAUUCAUCGUUUUAGUGUAACAGGAUUAUGAUUUUCUAAUAAUCGAAUAGAAAAGGUUAAAUCGUGAGACAUCAUGCGAUCGACGCUUGUGUUACUCUCUGCCAUCCUGUUUGGAGUGUUGGUCCCCAACCACGGACAGGAAAAUGUUCAAACCCGGGUGGCUCCUUCCCUGCUGGAGUGCUACCAGAAUCCGGACAUCUUCGAACGCGACAAUCGACUUCCGAUGACGAUGAACAUGCUGAUUGAGCUGAUCCGGAAGGUGGAGGACGCUCCCGAGUUUAAUCAGGACAUGCGCCAGCUGUCCGUUUCUAUGCUGCACAGGUUCCGUCAGGACGGCAUUGUGAGGGCUCCCGGGGUGCAGAACAUUCCCGGAGUGCUGCCGUUCAGCCCCAUUGGGUUCCACUUUACCAAACAUAGGAUUCUGUUUUCGCGUCUUCUGCCGGGAAAUGCUCAAACUUUCCCGAAUGCCACGUUGACUCCGCUGGAGAGGUGCACCCUUCACUUCAUGUUGUCCAGCUCAAUUGACACGAUGGUUCGCGGCGAUGAGAAUAUCCGGUGCUCCCAGCUCUCGCAGUACCGAGCUGCUCGGGUACCACGUGAGGCCAGCUUGAAGGACCGAAAUAAGCUGAACUCCAACUUCCUGGGGGACAUCGAAAUGUUAAACCAACCGGAAAUGAACCAGAUUCGGAAGCAGAUCAAGAAAAUGAAGCAAUCCGCUCGAAUGGAGAUGGAUCCGGAAGAGGAGCAAAUGGAAGAAGCAACCGAUGCUCCUGAAGCAGCGGCAGCGGAGGCAGAAGAGCAGGAAGAGGAAGUCCCCGUUGAAGAACAACUCGAGGAAGGAGAGCUGGUUGACGAUGCAAGUCUGGUGGACAUCGCCACGAAUGCCAUCAGUGCCUGUCCGGUUGAAAACGGAGUUGUCUACACUCGAUGGGGAACGCUUUCGGCCGGUACGGUUCUGGCUGGUAUCGCAACCGGCCUUGAACCGCAAACGGUCCAACUGCGGGAUCUGAUGCCACCGAGAAGCUCACAGUUCCGUGCUCGUCAACAGGCGACCCCGAUGCGCGUAGAAAAUCGAUGGGCAGCCACGUUGGCGGGAGAUUUGGCCGAAGUCACGCUACUCCAUGCACCAUCCCAGCCGGCGAACAUCCAGGUGGGAGCAUCCGGAGCUUGGAACGCAACCGUAGUGCCACGCUGGUACUUCCUGAGUCAACGUACGGCCCUGGAGAUGACAGAUGCGGAAAUUCGUGCCGGAAUCGACGGUCUUGCAUUGGCCAACAACAUCGUUGAUUGGCGCAACCGGGCCAACAUGCUGCGCCUCAGCCAGGUGCUGGACAUGUACUACUCGCAGCGUGGAGUAUUCAACCAGAAUAUGCGAUCGUGUAACCGACGGGAUCUGUUCACUACGGUGGCACCGAUUCAGACGAUGCGGGACCAAGCCGUAGCAUUCAGCAACAUCCUGGACAAGGAGAUGCAGAUGGCGUUCACCGUGACGCAGCAAGCGAUUGUGCAGUUUUCCGGAGCCGCUUCCGAUGCGUUGGCUACCUAUGUCCCCUCUUCUCUGAAUGAUUUGUCCUGCGAAGCCACUGCCAUAACUCCUAACGAUCCUACGAUUUGGAGAACCGCUGCCGAUCUCUUCAUUUAUGUUGACUCAUCAUGGGCGUUCCAAGACAUCCACUCGGUCGUUGCCAAUCUGCUGGACAACCUGGAUGUUGGUCGCUUCGGAACCACCUACACCGUUCUGAAUGCAUUCAACGGCGAAGUUCUCAUCAACUCAACCCAAUUCCUGGCUGAAUUCCACACGACGUACACUCAGCCACUUCAUGUUGCUCAACCAGCGGGCCUCAACCUUCCGACAGUGCUGAGAUCGAUCCGGGAGCAGGUUACUCCGAUCAUGAUGGCCGAGCGUCAGAACAACAGCAUGAGCGGCCGCUCGAAGAUCUGCCUGAUCAUGCCGAACACGGCUGCCGUCAGUGAAGGCGAUUCCAACUUUGCCAUCGAACGCUUGCAGAUUCUGCGCGAGGAAGUCCCGGACCUGCGGUUCCUGUACUUUGCCGGUGGUAGCGCAACUCGGUUCAAUCGGUUCGUCCGCGAGGAAAGCCGGGACAUCUUCCCGCUGCGAGAGCUCGGUUCGGGAGCCGUGAUCGAUGGUGUCCACGUCCAGACGGCUCCGGUCAUCCAGCGUAUCCAACAGGAACACCGACGGAUAGUUAACCCACGCUGUGGACACGACUGGAUUCAAACCAGCUGGGGGUCAAACUCGUUCAACCAGUACGUGGAACCACGGGGCAUCGUAUUCUACCGUCUGCAGCCAAAUUACUUCUUCCAGCAGGCCGAGAACCGACGGCUCCGGAUUCAGGGCCAUGGAUUCGCCACGAUCACCGUAUGCCACUCGAGAUGGGUUCCAAUGCCAAGAGCGAACACCACGCAGAACAACGAUGCGGUCAACUGUCGGACGAUCGGAACGGAAACUAUUGACAUUGAUCUAGCCAACGCGUGCGAAGGCCACUCGGUGAUCCAUACUUGUCCGCCGGUAUUCUUCUCAGUGGAGCAUACCCAGCAAACCGAGGUCACGAGCUUGCGAUGCACCGAGCGGGAGUGCCGCUUCCCGGACAAUGCACGAUUCGCCGUUGUGGUGGAGAAUCUGGGUUGUUUCAGCGGUGCUGGCCACAUUCUGGGCUCAUUGACGCUGCUUGUGGUUGCAUUGGCGAGUGUGCUCUUUAGACAGUAAGUGACAGCGAUGAUGGAGGGGUUGGGGAAAUGCACAGUGACUUGGCAACCCAACUAUAGAGACGUAAGCAGAAAAACCAUCUUAGGGAUAAUAAAUGACAAAAUAGAAUAUACUUUACAAGCAACUAAGUAUUGUAAUUGUUGAAUAAAUGUAAUGCACAACUUUCAAUGAAUCGGAAAUAAACGAAUAGGAUAAGGAA